AUGACUGUAAAUGGAAAUCUUCUAAUUAUAAUAGUGGUUUCAGCAACCAAUUUUCUCCAUUCUCCGAUGUAUUUCUUCCUCAGCCAAUUGUCAUUUUGUGACAUCGUACUCACUACAACAAUUGUCCCAAACUUAUUACAAGUUACUUUACAAAAUGGCAGCCCCAUGACAGCUAGUGGGUGCAUUACUCAGCUAAAUGUCUUCAGCUUUGCAUCAACUACAGAAUGUCUUCUUCUCACCAUGAUGUCCUACGAUAGAUAUGUGGCUGUCUGUAAACCUUUGCAUUAUGUAACGAUAAUGAAUUUCCAGUUUUGUCUUGCUCUGGCAGUGCUGGCCUGGAUUUUGGGUUUCACCAUAACAUUGAUUGUUACUAUUCUCAUAAGUCAUUUAAACUUUUGUAAUUCCAAUACUAUUGACCAUUUCUUUUGUGAUUAUGCUCCAUUCUUUCAGGUUUCUUGUUCAGAUACAACAAUUGUACAAACUGUGGUGUUUAUAAUAUCUACUCCAGAAACUGUGAUUGAAACUGUGUUUAUUAUGGCUACAUAUGUUUGUAUCUUUCUCGCUAUACAUAGAAUAUCAUCCACCACUGGGAGACAGAAAGCCUUCUCCACAUGCAGUUCCCACCUCACUGUCGUGUGCACAUAUUACGGGACUCUAAUUGCCAUCUACGUAUUUCCAUCAGGAGAACAGUCAUUUAAUAUGAAUAAGAUUGUUUCCCUGGUAUACACUGUUGUAACCCCUUUAUUGAAUCCAAUUAUAUACAGUUUAAGGAAUCAUGAAAUUAAGACAGCUGUAAAAAAGAUGUUUAAAAUGUAUUAA